AUGUCGGCCCCAGGAGGAACUCCCUCUAUGGAUCAUCAACAGCCGAUAGAUGCUGCUGGUGUGAAGGAAGACUACUGCUCAUCGGUCUCAACCGAAGGUGGAAAUGAAUUAGAGCACGAGGUUGAGGAGAUGGUGAGGCAACUCACUCGUAACUCCCAACUUACUCGUCAAUCUACUCAGUUUGCCUCGGAUCAAACAAACAAUCCUUUCUUCGAAGAUGAUAAGGGAGCUAGCUGGCAUCCCGAUAGUCCAAACUUCAAGGCAAAAGACUGGAUUAGGGCCUUGAUUGCGGCUCAGUCGCAAGACCCAGAACGAUUCCUUCAACGUUCGGCCGGUAUCGCAUUCAAGAACCUCAAUGUACAUGGUUUCGGAAGUCCAACCGACUAUCAGAAAGAUGUCUUCAAUGUUGUUUUGUCUUUUGCCGGCAUGGUACGCAACAUGGUCGGAAAUGGAAAGCAGAAAGUCCGGAUUCUGCAAAAUUUCAACGGACUUGUUCGUAGUGGAGAGAUGCUGGUGGUUUUGGGUCGUCCUGGAAGUGGCUGCUCGACAUUUCUCAAGACAAUUGCCGGUGAGAUGAAUGGUAUCUACGUCAGUGACGAUAGUUAUAUGAAUUACCAAGGAAUCUCGGCCCCAGAUAUGCACCGACAGUUCCGUGGUGAGGCCAUUUUCAGCGCUGAAAAUGAUGUACAUUUCCCUCAGCUCACCGUUGGCAACACCCUGACCUUUGCUGCCAAGGCACGGGCACCCCGUACGCGUUUCCCUAAUUUGACUCGGCAACAAUAUGUGGAACAUAUUCGCGACGUGGUUAUGGCGAUGUUGGGACUCAAACACACUUUCAACACCCGUGUUGGUAAUGACUUUGUGAGAGGUGUCAGUGGAGGUGAGCGUAAGCGAGUCAGUAUUGCUGAGGCUAUUCUUAGCGGAGCUCCUCUCCAGUGCUGGGAUAAUAGUACUCGUGGACUUGAUAGUGCAAAUGCACUGGAAUUCUGCAAAAAUAUUCGCUUGAUGAGUGACUAUGCGGGAACUACAGCCUGUGUUGCUAUUUACCAAGCAUCGCAGAGCGCCUAUGAUGUUUUCCACAAGGUCGUCGUGCUUUACGAGGGCCAGCAAAUCUACUUUGGCCCUACUGGCGAGGCUCGUGACUUCUUCGUCAACAUGGGCUUUGAGUGCCCGUCGCGUCAAACCACUGCUGACUUUCUGACUUCAUUGACUAGCCCAAGCGAGCGCAGGGUUAGACCAGGAUUUGAGGACAAAGUACCCCGAACACCUUUGGAAUUCGCGCAGCGCUGGCGAGACAGUCCCGAGUGUGCCCACCUUCUGCAGGAGAUUGAUCACUUUGAUGAGCAAUACCCUAUCGGUGGCCAUUCUUUUACUUCUUUCAGUGAGGCGCGUCGAUUGAUGCAGUCAAAACAGCAACGCUCCAAAUCUCCCUACACACUGUCCGUCUUCGAACAGAUCAAGCUUAAUCUCAUUCGUGCAUUCCACCGUCUUCAAGCCGAUGCGUCUUUGACCUUGACAGCUCUAUUCGGAAACUUCUUUAUAUCCCUGAUUUUGGGAAGUGUAUUCUAUAACCUUGCCAACACCACAGCUAGCUUCUACUCGCGUGAAGUUUUGCUUUUCUACGCAGUUCUUCUUGCUGCAUUUGCCAGUGCUCUCGAGAUUUUGACCCUCUAUUCCCAAAGACCGAUUGUGGAAAAGCAAUCCCGAUACGCGUUCUAUCAUCCAUUCACAGAAGCAAUUGCAUCUAUGGUAUGCGAUAUGCCGUACAAGUUUCUCAACUCAAUCACUUUCAAUCUCCCUAUAUACUUCAUGUCCAACCUCAAGCGUGAGCCAGGAGCUUACUUCAUCUUUUGGCUGUUCUCGCUGGUGACAACCCUGACCAUGUCAAUGGUUUUCCGGACUUUCGGUGCUGCAUCACGCUCUCUGGCCCAAGCUCUUGUUCCUGCCGCUCUGCUCAUAUUAGGCUUGGUGAUCUAUACAGGAUUUGUUAUUCCCACCAAAAACAUGUUGGGUUGGUCUCGCUGGAUGAACUAUAUCGAUCCUAUUGCCUACGCUUUUGAAAGUAUGAUGGCAAAUGAAUUCCGUAAUAGGAAAUUCUCAUGUGUAUCAUUUGUCCCUUCUGGUGAAGGAUACGAAAAUGUGGAUGCCAUCAACACUAUCUGCAGCACUGUUUCAGGCGAGCCAGGAGUUUCUUAUAUCGACGGAGAUGCCUACUUACUAUCCGCAUAUGACUAUCGCGCCGACCACAUCUGGCGAAAUCUGGGUAUUGUCUUUGCAUUCAUGAUAUUCUUCAUGUUUGUGUAUCUUAUUUGCACUGAGUACAUUGCCGAAGCUCCAUCCAAGGGUGAGGUCCUCAUUUUCCGCCGCGGACACCACCAGCAGGUACAAGCAGAAGAUGAUACCGAGACCCCGCCAGAUGCAGUCUAUCGUGCGGAAGAAGAGAAAUCUGAAACUGCCGGAGCGAACAUUCAGAGACAGACGUCUAUUUUCCAGUGGCAAGAUCUCUGCUAUGACAUCAAAAUUAAGAAUGAACCGCGCCGUAUCCUGGAUAAUGUGAACGGAUGGGUAAAACCUGGUACUGCAACUGCUUUGAUGGGUGUUUCUGGUGCUGGUAAAACUACUCUGCUCGAUGUUCUUGCCACCCGAGUGACUAUGGGUGUUGUUACUGGUGAUGUUCUUGUAGACGGACGGCCCCGAGAUGAUUCUUUCCAGCGCAAAACCGGCUAUGUUCAACAACAGGAUGUUCACCUACCCACUGCAACCGUUCGAGAAGCUUUGCAAUUCAGUGCCCUACUCAGACAGCCUGCCCAUCUGAGCCGCCAGGAGAAGUUGGACUAUGUGGAAGAAGUUCUGGAGCUACUCGGUAUGCAGACAUACGCAGAUGCGGUUGUCGGAGUCCCCGGUGAAGGAUUGAACGUUGAGCAGCGGAAGCGCCUGACUAUUGGUGUAGAGCUGGCUGCCCGACCGCAAUUGCUGCUUUUCCUUGACGAGCCUACUUCUGGUCUUGACAGUCAAACCUCGUGGUCGAUUCUGGAUCUCAUUGAAACCCUCACAAAGCAUGGUCAAUCUAUCCUAUGUACCAUUCAUCAGCCCUCGGCAAUGCUGUUCCAACGUUUCGAUCGGCUUAUGUUCCUCGCUCGAGGUGGACGCACUGUUUACUUCGGAGAGAUCGGAGAGAACUCUACAACUUUAGCGGACUAUUUCCAGCGGAAUGGCGGCCAUGCCCUGUCUAAUGGUGAGAACCCAGCGGAAUGGAUGCUUGAUGUUAUUGGUGCUGCGCCUGGUUCCCACAGCGAUAUCGACUGGCCAGAGGUUUGGAAUAACAGCCCUGAAAAGAAGGCUGUUGUCCAACACUUAGACGAGCUGAAAUCUACACUUUCCCAGAAAGAAAAAGACAAUAGCGCGGAAGCAGACUAUCAUGAGUUUGCAGCCCCAGCGACUAUACAGCUUAGGGAGUGCCUCACUCGUCUUUUCGCCCAAUACUGGCGUACUCCAUCCUACAUCUGGUCCAAGCUCGUUCUGUCAAUUCUAACCGCACUGUAUAAUGGAUUCUCCUUCUUCCAUGCGGAGAACUCACAGCAAGGCCUCCAGAAUCAGAUGUUCAGUAUCUUCAUGCUCAUGACCAUUUUUGGUAACCUUGUGCAGCAGAUCAUGCCCAAUUUCGUCAUCCAACGGUCCAUCUUUGAGGUGCGCGAGCGUCCCUCUAAGAUGUACUCAUGGCGUGUAUUCAUGACUGCUAAUAUCAUCGUUGAGCUUCCUUGGAACUUCCUUGUUGCCGUUUUGAUGUUCUUCUGCUGGUACUACCCAGUCGGUCUAUACAGAAAUGCCGAGCCGACCGAUUCUGUGCAUGAGCGAGGUGCUCUCAUGUUCUUGUUCUUGUUAACCUUCUUGUGGUUUACAUCAACGUUCACACAUAUGGUAAUCGCCGGUGUGGAUUUGGCAGAAACUGGAGGCAACAUCGCGAACUUAGUCUUCGCACUUCUCUUACUGUUCUGCGGUGUUGUCGCCACGCCGAAAGCAUUGCCCGGGUUCUGGAUCUUCAUGUACCGCGUUUCACCUUUCACCUACUUAGUAUCUGGAAUGCUUUCUACUGCACUUAGUGGCUCAACAGUCCAAUGCAGUUCGAUUGAAACACUCGUCAUGGACCCGCCAUCUGGCAUGUCCUGUUACGACUACUUGACCCCAUACGCAAAUUCGACCGGAGGAUAUAUUGAGAACCCAGAUGCAACAAGUGCAUGCUCGUAUUGCAGUAUGUCAUCGACGGACACGUUCCUUGCUUCGGUUUUCUCUGAAUGGAGUGACGCGUGGCGGAACUUUGGACUGAUGUGGGUGUUCCUGGUGUUCAACGUGGUGGGCGCACUUGGAAUCUAUUGGUUGGCACGAGUUCCUAAGGGAAACAAGACCAAGGGCAGUGCCUGA